AUUCAUCCCGAGCUUCUCUAAAUAUCUCCCUCGGAUCACAUCAUUUCGUAAACCCUCGCCCCGAUAAAGCCCGGGGGUUUCUGUCGGAGGAAAGAAGGAAAGAAAGGAGGAGGAGAGCUGCUGGAGCAGCCUUCCUAUUUUUAAGAACCCUCUCUCGAAGGUUCUGAACAAUGGCUUUUGCCAAUAGAGUUGGAAAUUUACUCAAACAAGUUGUGAGCAAGAACAUUAGACCGGAGCUGUCUGCAUCAAACCCAUCGAUAUUCCAAGCAAUACGCUGCAUGUCAUCUUCCAAGCUCUUCAUUGGAGGGCUCUCGUAUAGCACUGACGACACAAGUCUUAGAGAAGCAUUUACUAACUAUGGAGAAAUCAUUGAUGCGAGAGUUAUCAUGGAUCGUGAGACAGGCAGAUCUAGAGGCUUUGGGUUUAUUACUUUCACAUCUAGUGAGGAGGCCUCUGCAGCCAUCUCUGCCAUGGAUGGGAAGGAUCUUCACGGCAGGAUGGUUAGAGUGAAUUAUGCAAUGGAGAGGACAGGAGGGUUCCGUGGUGGCGGUGGCGGUGGCUAUGGUGGCGGCGGCUAUGGUGGUGGUGGAUACAGUGGCGGGGGUGGCUAUGGUGGAGGUGGUGGAUACAGUGGCGGCGGCAGCUAUGGUGGAGGUGGCUAUGGCGGCACAGGUGGUGGGUAUAGUGGGGGUGGUAAUUAUGGUGGUGGGGGUGGUAAUUAUGGUGGUGAUGGAUUUGGAAGCAGCAGUGGCGGAGGCAGCAGCUAUGAUGGAAGUGGCGGUGGCGUCUAUGGUGGCAGCAGCAGCGGUGGCGGAGGCAGUAGCUAUGGUGGAAGUGGUGGUGGUAGUGGCGUCUAUGGUGGCAGCAGCAGCGGUGGCUUCGGGGAUAACAGCAGCGGUGGAAGUUUCGGUGUUGCAGGUGGCAGCAGCGGGGAUAACCAUGCUAGCACCACCAUCCCUGGAAGCGACAGCUAUGCCAGUGGUGGCAUCACUGGUGACUUUGGUGGGAGUGGAGGUAUAGGCACUGGCAGCUCUGAUCAUUACAGCAGUGAGCAAGGCCUCACGAAUGAUGGUCAUAAUCAGGACAGUCCGUUGGAAGGGAAUUAUAGAGAUGAUGAUGAUGAGCCCGAUGAUUACGCCAACAAGCGUAGUUGACAAAAAGAGCGAAAGAUGGAACGAGAGACAUUCUGCAGAUGGAACUUUGGUAUAUAAACCAGUAAGUAGAGAAAAAAAAGGAAGGAAAACUGCUGUGAACUGCAGUUUAUGGAUAUAUUCAGUGGUGUUUCUUUCAUCUUUAUUACAGUAUUCUUAUUACUUUUUGGUGUUUUCUUCCCCAUUCUGACUGCUGCUGCAAGUAUUGACAACCUUCCUGCUACUUUUGGUCACAUUGUAAAUGGACAGGCACUAUAUAGGUUAGUCCCAGUGUGACAACUAUCACCGAGAUUUUGAAAAUAAACAAUAUCGCAAUAAAUCACAAAAUGAUAUUAUUGUGAGAAACCAAAAUAUUGGUGGAUUUUAUUGUGUUUUUAUUGCCAUAUUCUCACUAUUUUAUCCUGUAAAAUAGUAAAACCAUUAAGAAAUAUGUUAUCUAAGUUGUGUAUUUAAAAAUUUAAAAUAAAUAUUUUAUUUUUAAUA